AUGGCAUCAUUUCUCGUCGAUAGACAUUCACCAAUAAGAUCUGGUAUUGCACCAAAAUUGCGUCACAGGUCUCGGCAGUCAGAAUCUGAAAAUUGUGCAGGAGAGACACCAUCUGCAUCAGUGGAAGAUAAUGAUUCGACACCAGAAAGCAGAAAAAGUGAGAGAAACGGAGAUGUUGCACAGGAAGCCAAUGCUGCAGACAGUGAUAGUCUGGAGAAACAAAAAGAUAAAAACAAGUCCCUGCUUAGCUACUUCAUGACAGAACUCAUGAGGGACUACCGGCUAGAAGGAGAUGCCUCCGAAUUUGUUGAACGGAGAGACAGAGUGUACACUUCUGUAAACACUCCCAUGAAUUUAGAAAAGUUUUGCGCUUUUGGAUUUCUUCAAUGCCUAGACUCCAUCCUGUAUAUGGUCACCUUGCUUCCCUUGCGUAUCAUUGUAGCCUUGAUCAGGCUGCUGACUUAUCCCUGUGCUGUUGUGUUCACUGGGAGUAGACGAGUGCUGGACGGAGCUCAGGUCUGUGAUAUACUGAAGGGUGUUAUCCUCAUUGUUAGUUGUGUCAUCAUCGACAAUGUGGUCGACAUGUCCAUGAUUUACCACAUGGUCAGGAAACAGUCCAUCUUCAAAUUCUACGUCUUCUACAACAUGUUGGACGUAAUGGACAAGCUGAUAUCUGGGUUUGGUCAGGAUGUGUUGGACAGUCUCUACUGGACAGCUGUGGAACCACAUGGCAGAAAGAGAGAACACUUUGGCACACUGUUCCACUUGAUUUUUGCAAUUGUUUAUGUCGUGAUUCAUACGACAAUGAUUGUCAUUCAAGCAAUCAUCCUCAAUGUGGCAUUCAACUCUCGAAGUAAAAAUCUGCUGACAAUAAUUGUGUCUAGUAAUUUUGUUGAGAUAAAAGGAAACUUGUUCAAGCGCCUGGACAAAAACAACCUGUGUCAGAUCACGUACAGCGAUGUUCGGGAGAGGUUCCACUACCUUGUAAUCCUGUUAUUUAUCUUCAUCAGGAACCUCGAAGGUUAUAAGUGGAACUGGGACUUGGUACAACCAACCCUUGUCAUGGGGUUCAAUGUUGUUCUGGUGGAAGUAAUCGUGGACUGGAUUAAACAUGCGUUUAUUACCAAGUUUAAUGAACUUUCAGCCAAUUCGUAUGCUGACUUUGCUUUAGGAUUGGCUCAAGACAUUGCCUCUAGUCAGAAGAAGCAUGCUUUCACCAAUUUUAGUGAUCAGGUGUGCAGACGUAUGGGUUUCACGCCGAUGCCGCUCAUCUGUUUGCUGUUUGUGGUGUGCAACAGGUGUUUCACUAUUACCGGACCUCUUCCUUGGCUGCUUGUCUUUUUGUUUUACCUCUGUUUGAUGUCUACAAAAGUUUUGAUUAGCAUUGUCCUGUUGGGCUGGGCCCAAAGGCUUUUGACAGAGAGGGACAGAACAACUAAAGCUACUGGCACAGUGGUCAACUCACAGGUCAUGCCCAGGAAGGAAGAUAAAGGACCACAUGCAAAAGGCAAAGCAGAGGCAGUGACAGAAACGCCCAUACCAGUGAUCAUCACAACACGUCCCUUGACCCCUCAGUCAAGCAUGGCCAUCAACACUGACUCAGCGAUGGUUGCGGACAGUGAAAGUUUUAUCUCUGUGAUCCACCCAGAUGGGAUUUCCAGUAUUUCACCAUUUCAGCAUGAAAUGUCUGUCUUACAUCCAGACAAGGAGUAUGUCAUUCUGAAUGAUACAGUUUUAUCUAACACACAAGGUCAAGACUUUGAGGUCAUGUCUGCUGCAGAUAAGUUUGCUCCUUUGUCUGAUAAAGAAGUCAAUUUUCUACAAGUUGGUGAUCCGUCACCAUCAGUCAGCGCAAGCUACUCCUCACACACUAAUUCAGUGUCACAUUCAACGUCAGAUUCAGUUGAUCCAGAAAUGAUUUUUGAUGCUGUGGAAGAUGUCAGCACCACUGCUUUUGUCCCAGCUGUAUUAGACUUUCAGACACAUUCAUUUCCUGUGGAUGAAUCUCCUUCAAAAAGCAUGGCAACUCAUGUUACUUCCAACAGCCAACUAGCCAUCCGUUCACUUCAGAAUCAUUUACUUUCAUCAACAAUUCAUCUACCGGGCUGCCCUAGACUAAACCAGUCAGAUCCAGUUGAUGAAGCCUGUGAGUGUUUAAACAUUUCAGUGGUGAAUUCUUUAGAACAUUUUAAUGUUUCCUCAUUACCGACUUUUGAUGAUGUCAACAAAAAUGCAUCAGAGGCACAGGAAGUUGAAGAUUGUGAGAGUCUAUCAGGAUUGUCUGCUUCACUUUCUGCUGAUGCAUUUUAA